AUGGAUACAAUGACAUUGAAAGAAAUACAAAGCAAGUUAUUAUUAUGGGAGGCUGCAGAUAAUCCUUUGGCGCCGCUAACUAGCUCUCAAAGGGAAGCAAUUUUAGAUAUAGAGACUCUAUUACACGAAGAUGAAGAAUUGGAAGAUAAACCACACGAAGAAAAUAAUUCAAAAUCUGAUGUACCAGAGUUGAACACAGUGUAUGAUUUUCUUGAAUUUUACAACAGCUUAAGUGAACAAAAUGUUAAGGCAAAUGAUGGUCCUUAUGAGGCUUAUUAUAAACAGCUGGAAGAUAGACGUAAUGAGUGUGUUUUAUUAACAGAUGAGAUUGCAGCAACAUUGUCCAACCUAAAUAAACUAACACAAGAAUAUAAUUUAGUGUCAGAUAAAACAAAUGCGCUACAUACCAUGAGUGAACAACUUUUAGCUGAUCAGACAAAGUUAUCGAGCAUUGGCGAUGAUGUUAAGCAGAGAUUACAUUACUUCACACAAGUAGAACAUCUCUCCCAAAGGCUUAACAGUCCAACAAUGUCCGUUAACAGUGACACAUUUUUCAAUGUACUGUCAAAAAUAGAUGAAUGUCUGAGCUAUAUGAGGGCUAAUAGCAACUUCAAAGAAGCCCACACAUAUACAGUGAAAUAUCGCCAUCUUCAAAGUAGAGCGAUGUCUCUUAUUCGUAGUUAUGUGAACCAUAUUUUAAACCAAGCAACGGAGCAAGUUUUGUCACCAGAGGAACCAGACGGUGAAACAGUGGAUAUGGCAUAUGCCGUUUACUUCGGGAAGUUUCAAGCAGUGGGACCUAAACUACGCAUGGUGAUUAGUGAGGUUGAGAAACGAGCGGAAAGCAAUGAAGACUACGCCCAUCUCCUAUCAGAUAUACAGCGUGAAUACGCUUCACGCCGUCAAAAGGUAGCGGGCGGACCGACAGCGGGAGCGUUGGCUGUGGCGGGCGAACAGGCUCGCGAUCAUUGCGCGAUGUUACGUUCGGCUUGCUCGUUGCUCGCGCUCGCGUUGAGGGACGAGUGUGCCUUGUACGAGCAUUUCUUCUCUAGUACUUCACAGGCACUGGAAGAUUACCUACAAUCUCUAAGCACGGGUCUAUACGAGUCCGUGAGACCUCAUAUCAUCCACAUCAACCAUUUGGAGACUCUCGCCGAACUCUGUGUCAUACUUAAAGUGGAAGUUAUCGAGGAACAAGUUAAUAAUGAUCCGGCCCUCCAAGCGUUAGCGACUGUGGCCCGAGCAUUAUUACAGGACACACAGGAAAGACUUGUGUUCCGCGCUCAUGUGCAUUUGCGAGCCGAUGUCUUGCACUAUAAGCCUGCACCUGGAGACCUGGCUUAUCCCGAUAAGCUGGAAAUGAUGGAGCAAAUAGCCCAAUCACUCCAAGACCAGACCCUCAAGCGCAGCGAUUCCCGUAAUUCCGUAACAUCAGAUAUAUCCAGUGUAUCCGAGGUUAUCGAAAGGCGGCCGCAAGCGUCUCCUGCUGAUCUUCACGGCAUGUGGUACCCCGGGGUCAGGAGGACCCUGGCUGCGUUGUCAAGGCUGUAUCGGUGCUUGGAAAAACGGGUGUUCCAAGGAUUAGCCCAAGAAGCGAUAUCCCUCUGCGUCCAAAGCGUAUCAAACGCUGCCAACCAAAUAUCAGCUUUAAAAACAAGUAUCGACGGUCAACUGUUCCAAAUCAAACAUCUUCUCAUAUUACGCGAACAAAUCGCCCCAUUCCAAGUCGAUUUCGUCAUAAAGGAGACCUCUUUGGACUUUAGCAAUAUGAAAAAUGCGGCCUAUGGAUUAAUUCAAAGGCCGCGACAGAUAUUCUCAAUGAACGCCAAUAACACAUUGUUGGAGUUUCUGCUGGAGGGUACGCCGAUGGUUAGGGAACAUUUACUCGAUUCGAGAAAAGAGGUCGAUCGACAGUUGAAGAAUUGCUGUGAAAUGUUUAUUAAAGAUGCCACGGAGGUCAUGGCCGGACCUCUUAUUGUGUUUAUUGAGAAGGUUCAAUCGUUUCAAGAAGCAGAUCAGCUGAGGUCCCAGCCUUGGGCUGCUCCUUCCCAGAUAGCUGUUGCAGUUCAAGAAGCACAAAGACGUAUUAAGUCAACUCUAGCGCCAUUACAAAGGUCAAUGCAACUGUAUCUCGCUAACAAAGAAACGGAGUUUAUUCUUUUCAGACCUAUCCGGAACAAUGUGGUUGGCUAUUUUGUACAAUUAGAACAAAUACUUACCAACUCAGGAUACACCUAUGAUGAUAUUGUAAUUGUUGCAUGUCCAACCCCUGAGCAAGUAUCAGUUUUCAUUUCUUCUGCAAGUUUAAUCAGCAAUAAUGAACCAGUGUUGCCAUAUGGGAAAAAGAAGCCAACUAGUGUGAUACGUAAACCUAGUGUUACAAGCAUUCCAGAAAAAGCAGCAGAUAGCUCUAAUCAAAAUCAGUUAAACUAA